UGUGCGAGGAGGACCUGAUGCCGGAGGAUGACCAGAGAGCCACCCGAAACCUCUUCAUCGGGAACCUGGACCACAGUGUAUCCGAGGUGGAGCUUCGACGGGCCUUCGAGAAGUACGGCAUCAUUGAGGAGGUGGUCAUCAAGAGGCCUGCCCGUGGCCAGGGUGGUGCCUAUGCUUUCCUCAAGUUUCAGAACCUGGACAUGGCACACAGGGCCAAGGUGGCUAUGUCCGGUCGCGUGAUUGGCAGAAACCCCAUAAAGAUAGGCUACGGCAAGGCUAACCCCACCACCCGCCUCUGGGUGGGUGGUCUGGGACCUAACACCUCGCUGGCGGCCUUGGCCAGGGAAUUUGAUCGCUUUGGGAGCAUUCGGACCAUCGAUCACGUCAAAGGAGACAGCUUUGCCUACAUCCAGUACGAGAGCCUGGACGCAGCCCAAGCCGCCUGUGCUAAAAUGAGGGGCUUUCCCUUGGGUGGCCCAGAUCGCAGGCUCAGAGUGGAUUUUGCCAAAGCAGAGGAGACCCGCUAUCCCCAGCAGUACCAGCCCUCACCUCUCCCUGUGCACUAUGAGCUGCUCGCUGAUGGAUAUACCCGGCAUCGAAACCUGGAUGCUGACCUUAGAGUGCGGGAUAGGACCCCUCCACACCUUCUGUAUUCGGACCGAGACCGGACCUUUUUGGAAGGGGACUGGACCAGCCUCAGUAAAAGUUCGGACCGCAGAAACAGCCUGGAGGGCUAUAGCCGCUCAGUGCGCAGCCGGAGUGGUGAGCGCUGGGGAGGAGAUGGGGACCGGAGUAUAGCCAAGCCCUGGGAAGAGAGGCGCAAGCGGAGGAGCCUUUCCAGUGACCGUGGAAGGACAGCUCACUCCCCUUAUGAGGAACGGAGCAGGACCAAGGGUGGGGGGCAGCAGUCUGAGCGAGGCUCGGACCGCACCCCUGAUCGUAGCCGAAAGGAGAACCACUCCAGUGAAGGGACCAAGGAGUCAGGCAGCAACUCCCUUAGCAACAGCCGGCAUGGUGUGGAGGAGAGGAGCCACCAUCACCACCACCACGAGGCUCCAGACUCUUCCCAUGGGAAAAAGACUAGAGAGAGUGAACGCAAUCAUCGGACCAUUGAGGCAGAGCCCAAGACUCUUGAAGAGCCAAAACACGAGACCAAAAAGCUAAAGACUCUUUCAGAGUAUGCUCAGACAUUGCAGCUGGGUUGGAAUGGGCUUCUAGUUUUGAAAAACAGCUGCUUUCCAACAUCUAUGCACAUCCUAGAAGGAGACCAGGGAGUUAUCAGCGGUCUCCUCAAAGACCACACUUCCGGCAGCAAGCUGACCCAGCUAAAGAUUGCCCAGCGCCUUCGACUGGACCAGCCCAAGCUGGAUGAGGUCACCCGUCGCAUCAAGCAGGGGAGCCCCAAUGGCUAUGCAGUGCUCCUAGCCAUCCAGUCAACCCCCAGUGGGCCUGGCACUGAGGGGAUGCCCACGGUGGAGCCAGGCCUACAGAGGCGGCUUCUCAGGAACCUGGUCUCCUACUUGAAACAGAAGCAGGCUGCAGGGGUGAUCAGCCUGCCAGUGGGUGGAUCUAAGGGCAGAGACAGCACGGGCAUGCUUUAUGCCUUCCCACCCUGCGACUUUUCCCAGCAGUACCUCCAGUCGGCACUGAGGACAUUGGGCAAGCUCGAGGAGGAGCACAUGGUGAUAGUCAUAGUAAGAGACACUGCCUAGCCCACACCUGUGCUUCCCAGCUGCCUUUGGGUCGCAGAAGCAGUUCUUUUAAACAUCUGCUCCCUUCUCUACCUACCUUACUCCCUUGGUUUGAAUUCUCUGCUGGUUAUUCUGGUUCAUUUGGUGGCAUCCUGUCCACUGCUAAAACUGAGUUCUUAGAUCUGGGGCUUUUUGUUUCUUUAACAAGAAGAAACUCCUGUUAUGUUUCCCGUGUAUGAGAUAUUGUCUGCUGUAUUCUGUAUUUUUUUAUUUUUAUUUUUUUGACUAACUGUAUGGAAAGUUGUCAGUAAAGCCUUUGUCAGGAUGAAUUUUUAAUCUGACCA